AUGCUAUCAUUUUAGCCAUUUUUUCCUACUCACGUACUUGCAGAUGGCGCUCCUAUCCUAUUUUUGUUUUGUGUGGAUCCUGAUAGUGGUCACAGUACCAGAGGUCACGUGUUUCUCACCAGGAGGAGCUGUGUAUACCCGCUGGGGUCACAAGAGAUGUCCAAAAACAGCCGGAAUGGUCUACUCGGGCUUUGCUGGUGGGUCAUAUUAUGGCCAUCAGGGUGGUGCGGUAGAACCUCUCUGUUUACCCAGAAACCCUCAGUGGAGUCGAUACGACAAAAGGUUCAGUUCCUUCAGGGGAUAUAUCUACGGCGCUGAAUAUGAACUUCCGACAAACAUUAUUUACUCAGAUCUCCAUGACAACGACGUGCCUUGUGCUGUAUGCGAGACUCGUAGCGGGAAGUCCGCCAUUGUUAUUCCAGCGAGAACAUCGUGUUUUGGCGGAUGGAGAAAGGAGUACUCCGGUUAUUUGAUGACAGGAAGAUACUUACACCCGGCGGCCUCCACCUACUCUUGUGUGGAUCAGCACCCCCAGGCAGUAUUUGGUGGGAGGCAGAACAAUAACGGGUACCUGUUCUACCUAGUCGAGGCUCGAUGUGGAAGCCUGAAAUGUCCGCCCUACAGGAACGGAUGGGAGAUCACGUGUGUUGUGUGUUCUAAAAUUUAAGACACAGGCGUAUUAUUAAAAUAAAAAGA